AUGAAACAAGGGAAAGUGUCAAUGGCGAUAAGAGCACUGGCACUAGAUGAUGCAGCAGGGACCUUGCCCUUAGAUGACACUACACGUAAGGCACUCAGGGACAAGCACCCCCCAGCGAGAGAAGCCGCUCCCGAUACAAUGUACGGAGGAACCUACAUCCCACCACCAGCAGCAAUAUUUGAUAGAAUUACAGGUGAAGAUAUCAGGAAACACGCCCUCCACACAAACGGUGCAGCUGGACCCUCAGGAAUGGAUGCCAAAGCCUGGAGGAACAUACUAAGCCAAGCGAGAUACGGUAGUGUUGCGAAUGACCUUUGCAACACGAUUGCAGCCAUGGCAAGAAAAAUGGCAACUGACAGCUGCCAAGAUAUAGAGGCCUUCACUGCUUGUCGCCUCAUUGCCCUUGAUAAAAAGCCAGGCUGCCGCCCUAUUGGUGUCGGUGAAGUGCUAAGGCGAAUAGUAGGGAAGGCAAUCAUGGAGGUGACGAAAGACGAUAUUAAGGCUGCAGUAGGAAACCUGCAAGUUUGUGCUGGACAGAAGGCAGGAGGUGAGGAAGCAGUGCAAGCAAUGAGAACCAUAUACAGUGACCAUGACUGUGAUGCAGUGCUGUUAGUGGAUGCAACAAACGCCUUUAACAACAUAAACCGUCAAGCAGCAAUCCAUAACACCAGGAUAAAAUGCCCCAGUCUGGCGAUGUACAUAGAGAAUUCAUACAGAAAACCAGCCAAACAGUUUAUAUGUGACAGACACACAGGAAAUUCUGACACCAUUGAAUCUGCAGAGGGCACAACCCAAGGCGACCCAGUGGCAAUGGCUAUGUAUGCCACUGGUUUAUUAAGACUGCAGGACCAUAUAAGCCAUGAAAAAACGCAGGUGAAACAAGUGGCCUAUGCAGAUGACCUGGCAGGUGCAGGAAAAAUAAAUGACCUGAGGAAAUGGUGGGACCUGAUUCAACGACAUGAACCACCACAAGGCUACCAUCCAAAUGCCCAGAAGUCCAUAUCAAUUGCAAAACCCGGAAACAUUGAACAAGCAAAAGAAUGUUUUGGAAACUUGGAGAUACAAAUUAAUGCAGGUGGAGAGAAGUAUCUUGGAGCUGUCCUAGGAACUGAACAAACAAAAGAAACUUUUGUGAAAUCCAGACCUAUAGAAGACACCAUUAAGAGGGAUUUCAUCCCAGCCCUCUCAGGUGGGCGAAACCCUACAGAUUUAGAGAGGGCCAUCCUGGAGCUGCCGCCAAGAAUGGGAGGCAUGGGAAUCACCAACCCAUGCAAAAUAUCAGACACGGAGCAUCAGAACUCCGUACGACUAACAGGCCAUUUGACGCAGCAUAUAUUAUCAGAGGACCAGCAGAGAAGAAUGCAGAUGGCACAGGAAGUGGGGGCAUCCAACCGGCUCACGGCACUACCUAUUAAAGCCAAAGGUUUUAGCCUAAAUAAUCAAGAAUUUUUUGAUACCUUGCCUUUAGGGUAUGGCUGGCAUAUGGAUAGACUUCCACAAUCCUGUUCGUGCGGCUCCCCCUUUAACACAAAUCACGCCAUGAUUUGUAAGACGGGAGGAUUUGUCGUCAUACGGCAUGAGGAAGUCAGGGACCUCACUGCCGACUGGAGGAAGAAGCUUCACCCUGAGAUCGGUAAACACCGCAGAGGAUACUCGCCUAGACAUCAGCGCCAGAGGAUUUUGGGCCCGAGGCCAGAGAGCAUUCUCCGAUGUAAGGAUCUUUAG